CCUCCUUUCGCAAGUGCGAACAUUCAGGUUUCCCAGAGAAAGCGACAGACGGGACGCCUGGAUCGCAGCAGUGCGAAGGGAUAAAUGGGUGCCUACAAAGAGCUCUCAGAUUUGUUCUGCUCAUUUCAUCCAAGGCCGGCCGUCGUCAGACCCUACCCAUCCGGACUAUGUCCCUACAAUAUUUCCGUACCGUGAUCAAGGCAACACGAACCAGAAACUUCAGCGGUACCAGCGUGGCCAAAGGAGGCGCAGUGUGCAAGCUAGCGGACCUGCAGUGGGGAGCAAAAGUGCACAGGUGAAAAUAUGUGUACCUACUGCAAGUGACCUUGCAACAUCGUCAGUAACUGACAAUAAUGUUGGCCUCGAGGAUUACACUAAAGAUUCUUGUGAAGCUGAAACAGAGACAACACUUACUAUGGUUGAUAUAUCUGCUCUUACUUUAGAGAAUGCAGCACUAAAAGAUAAGGUUGCUUGUUUAGAAGAACAGCUGGCAUCAGCAAAGAAAAAAAAUGCGGAGCUUGAGAUGAAAAAUCAGCCAGUUCCGAUUCGGAAGAUAACUAGGGACAUUGUUAUGAAGUCUCAGAAAGCUGUUAAGUUCCACACAGGUGUCGUGUCUGCAGAAAUGUUUGCUGCAUUGCUUCAAAUGGUUCUGUCUGUCUGGAGCCCAACAACUCGAACAACCCUGGAUCCAGAGCAGCAGCUCAUUUUAGUGCUUAUGAGACUGCGUCUGGGACUUCUGACGGAAGAUCUAGCAUUUCGGUUUGGCAUUUCUGUAACUUCCGUAAGCCGCAUUUUUCAUUCGUGGCUAGAUGUCUUAGCUGAGAACUUCAAGAAGCUCUUGAUUUGGCCAUCUCGUAGAACACUGCAAUCUAGGUGCCCUGAAGCAUUCAAAGAUGCUGCAUUCGAGAAUGUCAGGGGCAUAAUUGAUUGCACAGAAAUAUUUAUCGAAAGACCCACUUCAAUGACAGCAAGGAGCCAGACAUAUUCCAACUACAAACAUCACAACACAGUCAAGCUUCUUGUGGUGAUUGCCCCAUCAGGAUCAAUCACGUUCGUUUCUAAAGCAUGGGGCGGGAGGGUCUCUGACAAAGAGCUGACGCAACGCAGCGGACUGCUUGAAUUGGUAGAAGAAGGGGACGUGUUCCUUGUAGACAGAGGAUUCAGAUGUGAGGAAAUGUUUGGUGCUCGAGGUGCAAGCCUGCUGAUGCCUUCAUUGACGAAGAAGCGAGCACAACUUCCUGGGGCUGAGGUCACCACAUCAAGAAAAAUUUCCAGUGUCCGCAUACAUGUCGAGCGAUCAAUUCAGAGGCUGAAAUCAUUUAGGCUGUUUCACAUGAUCCUCCCUGUGAACUUUAUAAAAAGAUCUGGGGAUGUAGGCUAUGCCACCAUUGACAAGUUGGCAAUUGUGUGUAGUGGCCUGGUGAAUCUCCAAACACCUAUCAUCAACACGAACCAUGAAGACCUCGCUGUAUGUAACUGAAAGAUAAGCUGUGUCUUGAUUGUCAAAUAAAAAGUGAAGCAGUCAGUGGUGUUCAAAGCAUAUAAAUUCAAUAUUUAUUGCUUUUACUACUGGGUUACAUAUUGCAUGCAAUUUUGUACGGCGUCGCUGCAGUAGAAAAAUGGUCAUAACAUUUUCAUUAUUGCAUCACCAAGUGCAAUGCCUGGAGAGUGUUGUAGGGAUUCCAAUGGUUUACUUUAAUGGAAAAAAGACCACUGCUCUCUUUUAGCUUUCUUUUUACUAUUCUUGACUUGGUGCGCUUACAUCAGCUGGCCCUAGUUCCACUUGACAUUUAUUACACAUCCACGAUUUUGGUGUACGUUUAAGCUUAACACAUUUCAAAUGAAAGUUUGCUGUACACAGUGAACAUUGAACAGUGCGGCCAGACUUGUUACCAUGACAGUAACAUGUUUCCUUGGCACACUCUAUUUGCUUCAGAAUUUGUUUAGUCUGCAGUUCAGGAAAGAUAUGGGUAAAAAAAAGCUUGCUGCUUUAAGUUCUGCAUUUGACCAAAAUGAUUCGUUAAAGCUGAUAAGCUCAAUUGUAAGGGACAGCCCUGUAAACACUAAAAAGUAGGCUCGGCGAAGCUUCGUGGCGGCCAUUUGGGCUUGUACUUGUGUAUAAUAUGCGUGAUCAUGCUUUAACUGCAAAUUAUUAUUUAAAUAUUGCAGAUGCUUUGAAGCGUUAUUGAGUGGAGUACCUUUUAGAGAUGCAGGGCACUUAAUCUCUACCACAGAUUUCCCACAACAUUCACAGGAGGCAAUUCCAUCGGGAGAGGCAGCAAGAAAGGGAAGUCUUUCAUUCACAAAUAGACCACAUUCAGUUAACUGAAACCCUUUGUGCUUUUUUGACUCCUGUGAGAUGAAUGCCUCUUUAGCCUUCGGCUCCAUUGACACACCCCAACAGAUGUUUGAGACCCUGGGUGCCUUUACAUAGCCCAUGAUUUCAGCCACAAUGCCAUUGACCCCACUUC